CGCUGGACUGACAAGUUAAAUGGUUAAUAUUCAAGCAUUAAAACUGGUAACAAUCAUAACUAGUUGAAACGUUCAGCCGCUAAGACGUACGGAAGAAACGAAGAAAAAAAUUUUUUAAGAAAAAAUAAUAAAAACAAACACGUACAACUGUGAUACAAAAUCUAUAAAUUAAACAACAAAAAAAAAAUAUAAGAAAAAAAUUAUACAAUUUUUGCAUAAUACGCAACAAUUGGAUUUUUUUAAGGAAGCAACUACUUUGAGGCGUAUUAAAAAAAACAGCUUUAAAGUAUUACAACAAAAAAUCUUUUAGUUUAACAUAUAAAAAACUUGUUUUUUUAAAAACCAAAAAAAAAUGUCAGUCAAUCGUGCACCAAAGUCUGGCUUUGCAGCUGAAGCUCAACGCAAGAUCAACUCCAAAUACAGCGAAGAAUUGGCCCAAGAAUGCUUGGAAUGGAUUAAGGUGAUUACCGAUGAACCCAUCAACACCUCCGGUGAUAUGGAUAAUUUCUUUGAAGUCUUGAAGGAUGGUGUUUUACUAUGCAAAUUGGCCAAUUGCUUACAGCCUGGUUCUGUUAAGAGAAUCAAUGAAAGCAAAAUGGCCUUCAAAUGCAUGGAAAAUAUUUCAGCUUUCUUGGAAUGUGCCAAAAACUUUGGUGUACCCACACAAGAAACCUUCCAAAGUGUUGAUUUGUGGGAAAGACAAAACUUGAACUCUGUAGUCAUUUGCAUUCAAUCUUUGGGCAGAAAGGCCCACAACUUUGGCAAACCUUCCAUUGGUCCCAAGGAAGCUGACAAAAAUGUACGCAACUUCUCUGAGGAACAAUUGCGUGCCGGUCAAAAUGUCAUUUCCCUACAGUAUGGUUCCAACAAGGGUGCCACACAAUCUGGCAUUAACUUUGGCAACACCAGACACAUGUAAAAUGUCUACUUAACACACAACAACUAUAACACAUACUUCUUCAUCUGUACAAUCAAAUUUUAUAUGUAUUUUAAUUUAAAUCCCAAGAAGAGAAGAAAGAACAGCUUGGUUCUGUUUUUCUGUUAACUGUUUCAGACAUUCCAUAUGUUCUACUGCAGUGCAUUCCUUUUUAUUAUUUUUUUUUAAUUAAUAUUUAAUUUUCAAAGAAUUAAUUAAACCACAACAAAUGUAUAAGUUAUAAAAGUGUAUUUUUUUAAAUUAAUUAACUUUACUCAAAUUCAUAAUAAUAAUAAUUUUCUUUAUUUUGUCUUUAUAAUUUAUAAGUUCAUACAUAUUUUACUAUAUUUUACUUAUAUAAAUGUUGACACUUUUUAUACAUUA